UCAGAGUAAACGUCUGGUUAACGAGGUGGAGAGGGGGAAGGGGGGGUGCCCCCUCGACCAAUCAAAGACGAGAACACUGACCGGUUCGGAGACGAGCUGGGCUACUUUGGACUAUCUCUUCUUACUUUGUCCGCCAUCAACAAACUAUAGUACCAUUUCGGAUACGACACUUUGGCACCUCCGUGUUGAACUAGACGGGAUAAAGUGGACUAUUACGACUUCCUGGCUUUAAUUCGCGGCUAUCCCGGGGGGGGACGUUUGGAUGUUCGCUUCGACACCAACCGAACCGCAAACGUUUGAAGCGUCCCAUGCGGUAGACGGUGACCGGCAGCAUCACACUCCCUUCCCGCUUGGAUAAGGGCUCCGUCUAUCGCUUGGGUUGGAGGAAGUAUGACCGCGCUGGCCGGGUCUAUCCCCAGAAUGAUGCGACCCACGCUGGCUCAAAACUACCCGCGCAGCGGCUUCCCCCUGGAAGUGUCAACGCCGCUGGGUCAAGGCCGCGUGAACCAGCUCGGCGGAGUGUUCAUAAAUGGCCGGCCUUUGCCUAACCACAUCCGGCAUAAAAUCGUGGAGAUGGCCCACCACGGGAUCCGGCCGUGCGUCAUCUCGAGACAGCUCCGGGUGUCCCACGGCUGCGUGUCCAAAAUCCUGUGCCGAUACCAGGAGACGGGCUCCAUCCGACCGGGGGCCAUCGGGGGCAGCAAACCCAAGGUGACCACGCCGGAUGUGGACCGGAGAAUUGAGGACUACAAGCGGGAAAACCCGGUCACCUCCAUCAGUCGCGUCAUUAGGAGCAAGUUUGGGGGUAAAGUGGAUGUAGAAGAAGAGGAUGAUGAGGAUGAUGGGGGAAAGAACGGGAUGGAGGACAGUGACCGCAGGGCCAAACACAGCAUUGAAGGCAUCUUGGGCGACAGAUCAAGUCACUCAGAUGAGGGUUCAGACGUGGAGUCAGAGCCUGACCUUCCAUUAAAAAGGAAACAGCGGCGCAGUCGGACCACGUUCACAGCAGAGCAGCUGGAGGAGCUGGAACACGCGUUUGAGAGGACCCACUACCCUGAUAUCUAUACCAGGGAGGAGCUUGCCCAAAGAGCUAAACUAACUGAGGCCAGGGUGCAAGUUUGGUUCAGCAACCGGCGAGCCAGGUGGCGGAAGCAAGCAGGAGCCAAUCAACUAAUGGCCUUUAAUCACCUGAUCCCAGGAGGUUUCCCACCAUCAGCCAUGUCCAGUAUUGCCCCUUACCAGCUUUCUGACAGCACCUACCCAUCUUCAUCUAUAGCACAAGUCGCUGACCCGCCCAGCACGCUACAUCGGCCACAGCCUCUUCCUCCCUCCUCCGGCCACCAAGUGUCAAGUGGUGGAGGUCAAGGCGAAGGAAGUUCUGCCUACUGCCUAGCCUCUGGGCGCCACUCCUUCUCAGGAUACUCAGAAAGCUUUGCGAGUCCAGGGGGCCCAGCCAAUCCCAUGAACCCAACCAUUGGAAAUGGACUCUCUCCACAGGUGAUGGGUCUGUUGAACCCCGGUGGUGUUCCACAACAACCUCAAAGUGACUACGCCAUCUCACCCCUGACUGGGGGUCUUGAACCGCCUGCUGGCAUAGCCGCCAGCUGUAGCCAACGAAUGGAUCACAUCAAAGGUCUUGAAGGUCUGACCAGCGUCCCCUCCAUGUCAGCUCUGCCUUCCCUGCCCAGUUCCCAGUCCUACUGCCAUGCCUCCUACAGCUCCCAGGCCUACACAGUCGACCACAUGGCGUCUUACCAGUACGGCCAGUACGGACAAAGUAAGGUCAAUAGACUUAACUUAAUUAUAUUUUCUUCUUACUACAGCAUUUUGUACCCACACUAGGCUUGUUUCUGAAGAAAUGUUAAAACAUAUGAAGAUUGUUGACAUGCUUUGCAGAACAGGCCUGCGUAAUCUGGAGUGAU